AUGGAGUCAUUUAAUGUGCUAAGUUCUUGGCGGUUGUCGGUGGCUAACUGCAAAAUAUUUGUUGUUGGGUCUAGCUGUGUUUCCAGUGAGGACGGGACCAUCUCAUGGAAGUCUUCCAAGUACGGAGAUAUCAGCUAUGAGCCAAGCGGGACCGCUAAGGAUCUAUCAGGACUCAAUUUGGACGCCAUUCGUCCUUUAGACUUGGUUAUUUUGGGGGAGGAUACACAAGAGGCCCUCAUAGACACAACCACACAAAUCCGGUCUCUUGUGGGGCCCCAGACCAUAAUAUUGGUCGAGUCAAAAUACUGUUUGGGGCUGGAAGAAGUGAUCAAAAGCACCUUACCAAAGUCCAAAACUCUGGCGGUGUUGUGCGAUGCUGACGUGAGGGUUGUGAAAAAUGUCAGCGGCUCCCACUACUACCAUAAAAACCAUAAUGUCACCACGGUUGUUGGCUCAACCAUAAAUCCAGACCAGGCUACCACUCAACUGCUAAAGGGAGAAGGAGAGAUAGGGCAAAAAUUGAAUCAAAUCACAGAAACACUAAAGAAAUCAGAAGUAUAUCCCUGUUAUUUGAUCCCCAAGGGUAUAAAUCCCACGUUCAACAGUUUCGCCUGGAAGCGAAUCAUUCCUUUCAUCAGUUUAGAAGUCAUGAGUCUGGUGUAUCCCAAACUCACCACUUUGGAUACUACGCAGUUUUCAACACUGAAGGGAGUCUUUACAGAUUUAGUUACGCUCGGACGUAAAUACGGAGCACCCGACCUGCCAGACCCAGCGGACGCAUCCAAAUGCAAAAACUUGCUUGAUAUCAUGAUUAGAGAUUUCAACCAGGCUCACCCCAAGAGCGCCAUCAAAACAGCCAAUUUCUCCGAUUCCAUAGACAGCGUUUCCAAAGAUCCGGCCAUGGAUCUUGCAACGUGCGUUUACAACUUCAAUCUAGGCUAUGCCAACAAUAUACAAUUUGCACUGAAACAGACACUGAGUCUGGCCACCAAGAGCAACCUCAAGCUCACGUAUGUGGAAACACUGUACAGUUUCUACGUGGAGAUCCAGAAACUGAAGGACCAAAAUAUUUUUGACUGGGCAAACAGAAGAUCGCUCGGAGUUUCUGAAUCUGGUGGACAAGGGUAUGCAGCGGUGCCUAGUGCACAAUAUCCACAAUAUCCAGCACAGGCCCCGAUGAUGCCUGGAAUGCCACCAUAUAUGCCCCAGAUGAUGUAUGCACAACAGUACACCGGCUAUGCGAUGGUAGCAGGACCUGUGCCCGGGGCAGGGGUGCCAAGUUUCAACGGUUUGGGGCCUAGCUUGCUUCCGAUCCACCCACGGUUCCGUCCAGACAGCAGCGGAAGUCUGUCUCAGCAACAGACGGUGUCUGCGAUCAAGAACUCGAUGUAUAGAAAGUCGUCCACGUCCACGAUCCAGUCUGGAGAGGAGCUGAGCAAGAGCCAGAAGUCGAUCAUAGAGCAUGCGAAUGUCAAGAACAUGUUCAGCAACACGACCAGCCGGUACGGGGAUGUGGACUCGUUCACGCGGCUGAACGCGUCGAACGGCAGCGUUGCCAGCAGCGGGAGCAUGACCGGCAGCAUUUGUCCGUCCAAGUAG